GAAGAAGGAAGAAUAAAAAUGUCCCGACCAGAAAAAGACGAGGCGAGUAAGGCCGAUUUCCCCACACUACCGCGAUUUCCACCCAAAAGUUCCACCCCGUAUCGCGUGAUCACCUGCAUAAUUUUGGCGCCCGUGUAUACUACACAUGUGUCAAAGUUUGGAAAAGUCGAUCUUAUCACUGAUCAGUACCGUAGCCUUUUUCCGGACCGCAGAAAAUAA